AAAAUCAAUGAAAAUCAAUUCAACCAAAGACAUCAACCAAACAGCAACCGAAAAAAAUGGUGAAAUCGUUCGUCGUUCUAGCCGUGGUGGCCAUUGCUCUGUUCGGAGCUAUCUACGUAAACGGUUUGAGCCAGGGAAACAUUCUUCCCGGUGAUCGGGUGCUGCAUUCCCAAGGCUAUGCUGCCCCUGGAGUGAAUAACCAGAUCGUGAGCCGAACCGUUGUCCACAUCGGAUUGUACAACAUUACCGCCAUUCGUGCCUACGACCGCUCCCAGAACCAGACCGGAUUGGCAUCCGUCUACAAUGGUGGCCUGGGACAACGAAACGUUACGCUUUGGCUUCAGGGAAAUCAGUUGGGCUCGGGGUACGAUUUCCUGGUGGAGAUCUUUGGCCGUUAAACAGUCGUAACUUGUGAUAGAAGUUUUGCAGCAAAUAUUUUCGAACAAAUUUCAUUUUUUAGAAAUGUUCAAGCGGAUUUUUUAGGAUAAAAUAAUAAAUGCCAAAACUGUUCUAUCAUAUAAUUUAUAAAUAAUGUUAUAAUUUGAGUAUGAUUUGCAAUAAUAUGUCUUUACAGCUCAUCGAUUUUACGUCCGGACUCCA